GUUGGCUGCAUGAUCACUGUUCUGACCUGCAGGCUACAGUGAACCCAAGGCUGCUUCUUCAAAAGGAGAGCAGAGCAAGCUCUUCCCACAGAACCUUGUAGAGAACUUGAUCUGACCAUGCAUUGGCUGUGGAAACUUAAGCGAUUUUGCACCUUGAGGGGCAUUGCGAUAUCCAGCCGCCCUCUCCACAUUAGUGCCAGACAGCUGACAUCAGUACCAUGGGGCCACCAGGACAUGCCUGCCAAGUUCAACUUUGUGAGCGAUGUAGUGGAUCAUUGGGCUGACAUGGAGAAGGCCGGCAAGAGACCUCCUGGGCCAGCGCUGUGGUGGGUGAAUGGUGGAGGGGACGAAGUGAAAUGGAACUUCAGAGAACUGAGUACAAUGAGUCGGCGGGCGGCCAACGUCCUCUCCGGGUGCUGUGGCCUGCAGCGCGGGGACCGCGUGGUGGUAGUGCUGCCCCAAGUCCCCGAGUGGUGGCUGGUGACCCUGGGCUGCGUGCGAGCAGGCCUCGUCUUCAUGCCUGGAACUAUCCAGAUGAAAUCCAAAGACAUACUCUACAGGCUGCAGGUGUCUAAGGCCAAGGCCAUUGUAGCCGGGGACGAAGUGGCCCCUGAAGUGGACAGUGUGGUGGCUGACUGUCCUGCUCUGAGAAUCAAGCUACUUGUGUCUGAGAGAACCCGGGAUGGGUGGCUGGACUUUAAGACAUUACUCAAGGAGGCUUCCACUGUGCAUCGCUGUGUGGAGUCUGGAACCCAAGAAGCAGCUGCCAUCUACUUUACUAGUGGAACCAGUGGCCUCCCCAAGAUGGCAGAGCACUCCCACGCCAGCCUGUUCCUCAAAGGCAAGAUGGAUGCUGGCACUUGGACAGGCUUGCAAGCCUCUGACCUCAUCUGGACCAUAUCAGACACAGGCUGGAUUGUGAACAUUUUGACCACCCUUCUGGAGCCUUGGACUUUGGGAGCAUGCGUAUUUAUCCAUCUCUUGCCAAAGUUUGACCCACAGACCAUCUUAAAGGUGCUAUCCAGCUAUCCCAUCAACAUCAUGGUGGGUGCUCCCCUUGUUUACCGGAUGUUGCUUCAGCAGGACCUUUCCAGUUACAAGUUCCCACACCUAAGGAACUGCUUCAGUGGAGGGGAAUCUCUGCUUCCAGACACUCUGAAGAACUGGAAGACUCAGACAGGAGUGGAUAUCCGAGAAUUCUACGGCCAGACAGAAACGGGGCUGACCUGCAAAGUGUCCAGCACAAUGACAAUCAAGCCGGGCUACCUGGGAACAGCCAUUCCCCACUAUGAUGUCCAGGUCAUAGAUGAUGAAGGCAACAUCCUGCCACCUGGCAAAGAAGGAAACAUAGCAGUCAGGGUCAAGCCCAUCAGGCCUGUGGGCAUCUUCUGUGGCUAUGUGGACAAUCCCAAGAAGACAGCAGCCAACAUUCGAGGAGAUUUUUGGCUUCUAGGAGACCGGGGAAUAAAGGAUCAAGAUGGAUAUUUCCAGUUCCUGGGGCGAGGAGACGAUAUAAUUAACUCCAGUGGGUACCGGAUCGGACCCUCAGAGGUGGAGAAUGCACUGAUGGAGCACCCUGCCGUGGCUGAGACGGCCGUGGUCAGCAGCCCGGACUCUGUGCGAGGAGAGGUGGUGAAGGCCUUUGUGGUGCUGACCCCACACUUCCUGUCCCAUGACAAGGACCAGCUCACCAGGGAACUGCAGCAGCAUGUGAAGUCAGUGACGGCUCCAUACAAGUAUCCCAGGAAGCUGGAGUUUGUGUUGAACCUGCCCAAGACCAUCACAGGGAAAAUCUCCCGAGAAAAACUUCGAGCCAUGGAGUGGAAGACUUCUGAGCACUCCCAGGCCCAGUGAGACUCUGGAGAUUUUGUGGGGUUCCCUGAAUUAUCUCCUUUCCUUUGCCUUUGG